AUGACUGUUUGCCGCUGCCUGUUUCACAAACACACAUUAAUUGCCCCAGUCGCCCCGGGGCCCCCUCAGCAGAGCCUCAGAAAACUCUCUGGCCUGCCCUACCACCUGGCCAGACCAGAGACUCUCCCGGGCACCGCCACCCUCAGCCCGAACCGCCCGGGCCACGCUUUGAACUUCACCUCGGGCCCCCUCCCCCACCCACGCAACGACCCCGCUUUCCCCGCACACACCUUCCCCUCGCUCCGCCCCGGCCCCCCAACCCCCACUUCCUCCGCCGGGCGCCGCUGCCCCGGCGCCCUCCGCGCCCCUCGGCGCCGGGCCUCCCUCAGCGUCGCCUCCCCCUCCCAGCCCCGGCUCCACACAAAGCUUAGACUCACCGCGCGGCCGGUCCCGGGAGCCGCCACCUCCGCCCGCCCGGGGCCCCGGGCCGCAGAGCCACCACUGCUACGCGUCCCGGGCCGCCAUCUGGGCCGCGGCCCCUCCCCCUCCCCGCCCCGGCUCUCCGCCCCUCCCCGCGCCGCUCCGCCCCGCCUGGCCCGGGCCGCUGUGUCCGGGGCUGCGGGUCCCUCAGCUGCCGCCGCCGCCGCCGCCACCGCCGCCGCCGCCACCGCCGCCACAGCCGCCGCCGCCGCGAUCCGGGACAACCAGGGUUGCCUGGAAGACCCGGACACUGGAUUCUCGUGCUCUCGGAUCCGGAUUCCGUGCGCUGUGGAGUCUGGAGCGGGCGAGUGCGCGAGGAAACCCGGAACCUGGAUGUACGAGCUAAGUCCUGGGUCUCUAAAUGCGCGGUAGCUUCGAGCCCUGAGAAAAGAAUGCUGGAAAACCUGGCGGGCGGGUUGAAACGAAGAUAAGCUCAGAAGCCCGGGCUGAACAGUUUGAACUCUCUCCUCGUGCAAAGAUUCCUGGCUGGAUAAGACUUCUCACCGAAAGCCUCUGGAGAAGCGUUAGCUCUUAAAUACAUAUGUUUUUCCACCAUGAAAAGAGGAAAGACCAUGGGAUCUGAACAUGAACCUCUCUACAAGGAACAGAAGACAAAUACACAACUCUUGAUGGUCUCAUUCAUUUUGCCGGAGAAAAGUAGAGAAGCUCCCUGCAGGCUGGAUCCCUUGUUGCUGUUGGAGCCUUCGAUGUGCUUCAGCUCCUCCCAAACACAUCCACAGAAGCUGAGAACAGCAGAUGUGUGCUUGCUAUUUGACUCUCAAGGAAGAAAAUACCCUUUAUCACUGGACUGCCCUCCCUCCUCCCAGCCUAACUGAAGUUGGCUGGUUUCUCUAGUUUAGUAGCUGAGCUGGUCAAGUGAACGGCCCCAUGCCAUCUAGUCUUGCCUAGGCCCCACAUGGCUUUAAAUGAAUCUUCUAAAUUAAAUGGCCACCACAUGAAUGGGCUAUAGGAGAGACAGUAAUUAAAAUGGAAAGGAUUAAGUGUCAUAAAUCAUAGAAGCCUAUAACUAUACUUAUUUGUAAAAGUAAUCUUUGAAGUGUCUCAUAUUUACAUG